GAACCCCCUUUUUUUUUUAUUUGAAAAGCAUUUAUUUUGGAAAAAAAUUCCGUGACUACCGUCACCCGAGUCUAAAUGAGAAGUUCACAAUAUAGCUCUAAGAACAGUAGAGCAUAACGCGCGUUCUCUCUACAGUCUCCCGCCAUGGACUAUCUGAAAUCAGCGGUUCCUUCUCAGCUCAUCGCCGAUCGAGGCGCCAACAUAGUAGUGAUAAACCCAGGUUCUGCAAAUUUGCGAAUAGGUCUUGCUCAACAGCAGUACCCUUUUAUUAUUCCUCACUGUAUUGCUAAGUACACAGGAGGAGAGAAUCAGGACCCCAAGAAAAAUGUGCAAGAUCAGAUGCUUAAUUCAGGAAUUACUCCGGCUCAACAACAGGAGCGUGAGAAGGCUUAUGAUAUUAUAGCAUCUUUGCUGAAAAUUCCGGAAGUUGCAAACAACUCUUUCCUGCGCAAGACUGUACGUGUUGAUGGUUUUAAUCCGCAAAGUAGCAAGAAGGACUCAACUUUCAGUUGGACUGAUGUGAUGGAGAAGAACCCCAGUUCAUCUGCAGCAGUAGAAAAAUUGGAGGAUGAGGGUGUUAAAGAUGAAACCUUGGACAAUCUUGAAGAUACUGAUGGUAGAGAGCCUGAAUUGAGUGAUUUUAAGUUUAGAGAGUUCAUAUGUGGUGAGGAAGCACUAAAAGUUUCUCCAACUGAGCCAUAUUGUUUGUGCCGUCCCAUUCGUAGAGGUCACUUCAAUGUUUCUCAAUAUUAUCCUAUGCAACAGGUGUUUGAAGACUUGGCCACCAUUUGGGACUGGAUUUUGAAUGAAAAACUGCAUAUUCCACAGCCUGAUAGAAGAAUGUAUUCUGCUGUUCUUGUUGUGCCAGAAACUUUUGAUAAUCGUGAAAUAAAGGAGAUGUUAUCAAUUAUAUUGCGGGAUUUGCAGUUUGGCUCAGCAGUGGUGCACCAGGAAGGUCUUGCUGCUGCUUUUGGUAAUGGCCUAUCAACGGCAUGUGUUGUGAAUAUUGGUGCUCAGAUGACGUCAAUCAUCUGCAUUGAGGAUGGAGUAGCUCUGCCUACCACUGGAGUGACUUUGCCAUUUGGUGGAGAAGAUAUAUCAAGAGGCUUCCUAUGGAUUCAGCAACACCAUCAGACAUGGCCAACAAUUUGUACUAACCCUCUGGCAAAGCCUAUAGACAUGUUGAUGCUCAACAAAUUGAAAGAGUCUUAUUGUCAGAUUAGAGAUGGGGAACUCGAUGCUGUUGCAGUAGUUCAUUCUUAUGACGAUGGAAUGCCUGCUGGAGUCCAUAAGACUAGACUGACUGCUCUUAAUGUUCCUCCUAUGGGUCUGUUCUACCCUCAGCUUUUGGUUCAAGAUGAGUAUCCACCACCACCUCGUUCUUGGUUUCAUGACCAUGAGGAUAUGCUGGAAGAUACAUGGCAUAUGGAUUUCCCCAGAAGGUCUGAUAUGUCAGAUGGCUUGUUUCUUGGUGUAAAUGGUGGAAUGCCCAUGUGGGACAACUAUCCAGUCAUUCAAACAAGACAGAAGAAGGAGGAUAAUCUCGGUCUUGCAGAAGCCAUAGUGAAUAGCAUUCUUUCAACUGGGCGUAUAGACCUUCAAAGAAAAUUGUUUGUCAGCAUACAGCUGAUUGGUGGGGUAGCGCUAACAAGUGGACUUAUUGGAGCAGUGGAGGAAAGAGUUUUGCAUGCCAUUCCUUCAAAUGAAGCAGUUGAUACUGUUGAGGUUAGUUUAUUCUACUUGUUGUUGGAAGCUGGGGAACGCAAGCUCUUCUUUUAUUGUGUAGAUUCUUGUACAGUGUUCUUCUUGUCAGAAGUCCUUCGUGAGCCUUCUUUAUGGCUUCGGGAGAGGCUUAGUUGA